GGAAAAAUACAUUCUAACGACGACCUCAGCUCUACAGUGUGUAUUCGUUAGAAGUUUAGAAAAAUGGCAGCCUCCAUAAGAAUGCGGACUUCGUUAUUAAAAAAUCUUUAUUUACCAAGGACCACCUGUAUUUUGUGUAGACAGUGUCAAAGUACAACUGCCUCUUCAGCUACAGUCGAUUCUCAAGGGAAACCACCCAGCCAUGUAGAUGGUACAGAUAUACCUAGAGGACAGAUUAAUAUUCCCAAGAAGAAAAAACGAGAUUCACUAUCAAUAUUAAAAGCUUUAGCCUCAACUGUUGGAAAGGAUCCAACCGGCCCAAGUUAUCAGUUUAUGGAUGAUCCUAAGCUAAUUCCUGAUGACAGAAAUCAAAAGAAAUUAUGCCUGUUAAGCAAAGCAUCAGGAAAGAGAGCAGCACGAUUUAUGGUGAACGAGUACAGGAACACUUUUGACCAUGAUGCUGCUAAACCCCAUGUGAAGGCCUUCCAGCCAGAUAUUACAGACUAUCAGCAUACAGAUGCCAGUCCAGAGGCCCUGGAAGAGAGAAUAUCUCGGAGGGAAGUGAAUGAUGCUAUUGAAGUUUAUAACAGAAUGGCUGAGGAAGGCAUUGAAGUGAGUCCUCAGCUACAACUGUCAUUUUUGGAACUUCUUUGUGUGUUUAGUUGUAAAGACCAAGCACCUGCCCUCAUGUUGGAGGAAAGAGUUAUUGAUGACAUUGAAUUUGCAGAAGAUGUACAUCAGAAUAAGAUAGGUAUGGAUCUAGCAGAUGAUAUAUUUCAAACACUCCCGGAUAAGACAGCAGAUGCCUAUAACUGGAUAGUAAGGGGACUUUUAAAGGUUGGCAAUUCCAAAGGUUUACUGUACUACAAAGAGAUGAAGGAUUCUAAUCUCCCAGUUUAUUUAGGCACAUACAAUGAGUUGAUAAGAAACAUUGCUGUACAGAAAGAUAAGAAAUGGAAAAAUAUUGAGAACUUUCUGCAUGAAAUGAAAAAGGAAAAGGUGACUCCAACUCUAGAAACUUUUCACAGUGUGCUAAUGGCGAUGGAGAGUACUGAGGGACAAAGUCUCGCCGUUCAUGUGCCUGCAGUACUUGCUGAGAUGAAAGUCCUUAAUAUUGAGCCGACUCUUCAAACAUGGUCACUUGUUCUAUCUGCCCUCGUAUCUAAGGAAGAUGGAAAUGGCAAAUGGUCCAAUAUGGAAGGUUAUGGUAUAAUGUCUGACAUUAUAGAUAUUAUACAACAUAUACGGAAGGACAUCGAGAAACUACACAUUGAUCACUCUACAGAAAAUUUCCUAGUCAAGGCAAUGGUUGAGUGCAGGAAAUAUAGAGACACCGAGGUGGCCAUGAUGUUGUACAAGUUAAAGGAAGAAAUGGGUCAUCGAUAUAUCAUCACAUCUUUAAGAGAUGAAGAUAUAUUUUAUAAUACAUUGCUGACGUUGCUCAGCCAUACAGAGACUCCAGAUGAUAUGAUGAACGUUUACAGGAAAGUCUGUCCUUCACUGCACACUGCCAAUUUGAAUUGUUUAAAAUCAAUGUUAGAUAACCUGGAAAUGUACAGAGCAUAUGCGCAUAUCUUACAGCUUUGGCAAGAUACUGAUUUUCAUCUGAAAAGGUUAGGUAGACGUGCUCUUUUACUGUGGAAAUUUCUCGGAGUGUUUACGAGUGAUCAUGUCCCACAGGAGUUUGGGCAACAGUUUCUGCCAGAGGCAAAGAGACUUUAUGAUGAAAGGGUACAAAAUCCUGAUGUUCAGAUUGAGGAUGCCAAGUUAUUUGGAAAUUUGAUCAGAAUUUUUCUCAGGAACCAGGAGCUAGAUUAUGCAUGGGAAGCAACCAUGUACUUCUACACAAAAGAUUUACAAGGGGAUAUUAGUUAUGAAGAUCUUACUAGAGUGUUGGAAAUGUGUAUAAAGGAGCAAGAUGUCCAGAAAAUAAUGAGUUUCUGCAACCUACCAGAACUUGUUCGAAUCCCCAUGGUACAGGCUGCGAGUAAAGUUUUUUCAGAAAAUGAAAGUAUCCUACAGGAAUGUCUAGACACGUCUCAGUUAGAAAAGUUGGAAGAAGCAUUUGCAGAGGAGUAAAUACUGCCGUCUGUUGACCAUGAAUGAAAAACAUUCAGUAAGAUAUGUCUUAACUAAAACUAAUUCCACUAGAGACAUCUGCAUAUGACAAAGUCACUAUUAGAUGAAGAGUGUAAGUCAGACAGUUUGGAUUAAUUUAUGGAUUCGAGCAGAAGUUGCCGUUUACAAUCAAAUGUCACUGUUUAUUAACAAGUUUCUGUAGGAAUGAUUUAAGUUGUAAAUCAAUAUCACAGAAGGCAGUGGAGAUGGAAGGAAACAAUUAAAAUAACAAGAAUCAAUAGUUGAAAUUAGAGCAUUGGAAGUUGAAUGACUGGAUUGAAAUGUUUAAAUAUCAGUUAAACUUUGUUUAUAUCAAGAUAGCAACUUUAACUGAAGUUGAGAUAGAUGUAAGAAAAAAGAAAAUUCAACUGAGUAAUUUAUUUGAAAGAAAAAUCAUUGAUUCGUAGUGUAUGAUUUGGACCAAAGUAUGUAGACAUUUAGAGUGAAUCUUGAAAUUGCAAUGACUGUAGAUCAGCUAAAUUUGUGUGAAGAAUAAACACGUCUCCAGUGGUUUAACCUUUAGCAUGCUAGGGGCAAGUGAUUUUUUCAUUGUGACCUGUGCAGACCAGUGCAGGCUGAUCAUGAUCUGCACUUUCCUAUCCAGUCAGUAAAGUUUUUAGUGAACACUCUUUUGAAUAAUAAGUGGUGUAGCCCAAAUUGAAUGAUAGACCAGUCGAUUUUAGAAAUUUAGCAGCUACCUGAAAAAUUCCCAGUAAUAGGAAUGAUGACAAUGACAGUGAAACACGAAUAAGUCUGUUUUAUGUGUUAUUGUUUGCACCUUAAACUUCUUAGAGGUGCUGAAACUUUCUGCAUCAAACUUAACUGUUGGCUUUGAAACAACCAGUUUAAUUUUAUCUUGAUUGAAAAAAUACCCUGCUGGAAAAUUUAGAUUAUUAGUAGGAGAAUAUGACUGCUUAUUAAAAAGUUUCUAUAGAAAUGAGCCGCACCAUGAGAAAACCAACAUAGUGGGUUUGCAACCAGCAUGGAUCCAGACCAGCCUGCGCAUCUGCACAGUCUUGUCAGGAUCCACGCCGUUCACUUUUAAAGCCUACUGCAAUUAGAGAAACCGUUAGCGAACAGCAUAGAUCCUGACCAGACUGCGCGGAUGUGCAGGCUGGUCUGGAUCCAUGCUGGUCGCAAAGCCACUAUGUUGGUUUUCUCAUGGCGUGGCUCAAAUGAAGUAAGUAUAAAUUCUCAAAGCAAGUUGUUAGCUCUUUUGCAAUUAUUUUGAUGUUUUUGAAGAGUUACUAAAAAUACCACUGGUUAUCUCUGAUUAUGAAAAGUGUUAGUUUAAAUACAUUUUACAGAUGUUUGAAAAUAACUUUGUUUUUUGCUAUCAACUGAAAUAAAAUGAUUGAAAAUUGUUA